UCGGCCUUCCGUCCUGCCGCUCCGCUGGGUGGCGGGGAGGGAGCGGGCCGGCUCCGGCCCCGGCCCCAACCCGGCGACGGCGCAGGCGGGGAGCGGGGCCGGUGCCGGGGGCGGAGCAGCCGCCGUGCCCCGCCCGGGGCCGGCUCAGCGCAGUCAUGGCGGCGGAGCGGGAGCGGGAGCUGCGCUUCUACCGGCGGCUGCCCAAAGUGGAGCUUCACGCGCAUUUGAACGGCUGCAUCAGCUCUGUCACUAUGAAGAAGCUUAUGGCCCAGAAACCAAACCUUCAGAUCCAGAACGGGAUGACCAUGAUUGACAAAGGAAAGAAAAGAACCUUAGAUGAAUGUUUUCAGAUGUUUCAGAUCAUCUAUCAGAUUACCACUAGGACUGAAGAUAUUUUAAUGAUAACUAAAGAUGUUAUUAAAGAAUUUGCUGAUGAUGGUGUCAAGUACCUGGAAUUGAGGAGCACUCCUAGGGAAGAAAAGUCCACAGGUAUGACCAAAAGGAUGUAUGUUGAAACUGUACUUGAGGGUAUAAAGCAGUGUAAAGAAGAAGGCUUGGACAUAGAUGUCAGAUUGUUAAUAGCGAUAAAUAGACGAGGUGGCCCGGCAGUUGCUAAGCAGACUGUUAAACUUGCUGAAGAGUUCCUGCUUUCCACUGAUGGGGUUGUAGUAGGACUUGACCUCAGUGGUGAUCCCACUGCAGGACAUGGUCAAGAUUUUUUUGAGCCACUCUCAGAAGCGAAAAAAGCAGGUCUAAAGCUGGCAUUGCACCUCUCAGAGAUUCCAAAUCGAGAAGAGGAGACCAAAGUUCUCCUGGGCCUGCCUCCUGACAGAAUUGGACAUGGGACAUUUCUCAACUCCGCAGCAGCAGGCUCAGAAGAGUUAGUGCCACUUGUUCGACAGAAUCGCAUACCUAUUGAACUUUGCAUGACAUCCAACAUCAAAACUCAGACUGUGCCUUCCUGUGACAAACACCAUUUUGGAUACUGGUACAACAUGGGCCACCCUGCAGUGCUUUGUACUGAUGACAAAGGCGUCUUUGCAACAGAUCUAUCGCAAGAGUACGAGCUGGUUGCAAAAACAUUUAAUCUGACUCGAUCGCAGAUGUGGGAUCUUUCCUAUGAAUCGAUCAACUAUAUCUUUGCUUCAAGUGUGGUAAAAUCAAAGCUAAGGGAACAGUGGUGUAAACUGAAGCCAACUCUGUUUGAUUAAUCAAACAGCUGGGUGUGUUAGCUUAGUUAAUCAGCAAUUUUUAGUUAAGUCCCUGGCUUUUUUCAGACUUCAGGUUUACAGAUGCAGCCCAUAAUCUGCUCCGGUGCAAGAUGAUGACAGCAAUGUAUCCUUUGUUAGUGGGGACAGAAUCAAGUGUUCGUUCCUAGUUGGGAAGGGCUCUCAACCAGUGACUAAAAUCCAAAUGUGUCAUCAAGUAGUUUCUCUCCAGCUGAUACAUCAUGUCUUAAAAAUACUUGAUAUAUGUCAUCAUAGUACAAACAUGUGAGAGUCAGAACAGAAUAAAGGCACAACUGUUUGAGUUUACAAUGUCUCUGUUGGCCCAAGUACUUUGUAUGGUGUGUAUAUUUGGGGGCUUGUAUUAUUUUUAAAUAGAAGUUUUGAGCUAUUGAUUAAAUGUGAAGACAGAAACAAACUCAGCAAGAAAGAAAUGUGUCUCAAAGGAAUUAAAUAUUGCAUCUGUUUUUAUUGGCAUUCAUGUGUGACUGAAGCUUGCUGUGGAUUGUGCAACACACGUGGCAGCGCCUGUUGAUGCCCUCAGCACUGAGGGUAUUGAGCCAAAGUUAAGAAUCUUUAAUGCCUUAGUGAACUGUGAGCUACUUAGAGCACAUGCUCUAGUUCGUAAAGUGCUUUCUAGAAUUGCUGUUUGUUUCUUGUAAAAAAGCAAUAAAAAUAGCUUGAACCUC